AUAGAAGAAAGGAGAAAAGCCUCCUUCCUCAUGGUUUCCCUACGCGAGAUUAGAUGAAAAUAACCAUUAACAAACUCUUCCUUCUUCUCAAUCUCCCCUCAGAUCUACCAUUUAACUCCUUUUAAUCCUCUCAAACAUUCCAAAAUUUUCCACAACAUUUAUUGUCUUCAAUUCUUUGAGUCUUCUUUUUAUGAUGAUGAUGGGUCUUUUCUUUGAUAAGCUUGUGACUGGAAGAUCCUUCUUCUUUGUUUCUCAAGAUUCAUGUUGGCUGCAUUUAUCAAUUUGUGCUUGAUUUCUGAAAAUUCUAUUGUGGGGUGGGAAAUUUGGCAGAAAGCAGAGCAGAUUAUUAGGGUUGAUAGAGUUAGUGAUAUCCAUUUUAUGAAUAAUAUUGCUGGGUCAUUUGGGUGAGAAUAUGUGAGUUAUGGUUUCAACAAGUUUUAUGAGGAUUGUCUCACCCUGUUGGAGGCCUUUAGCUGAUGGUGAAAAUUCUAGUAGAUGUGUGGAUGAUGGUCGUGUUGAUGGAUUGUCAUGGUACAAAGAUUCAGGACAACAUGUUGGUGGACAGUUUUCAAUGGCAGUAAUUCAAGCUAAUAGUCUUUUGGAAGACCAGAGCCAACUUGAAUCAGGUCCAUUGAGCUCACUAGAAUCAGGGCCUUAUGGAACAUUCGUAGGAAUUUAUGAUGGCCAUGGAGGUCCAGAAGCUUCCCAGUUCAUAAAUGAACACCUUUUUGACCACAUCAAGAAAUUCACAGCUGAGAAUCAUGGAAUGUCCGCUGAUGUAAUCAACAAAGCAUUUUUAGCAACUGAAGAGGAAUUCCUUAAUCUUGUAAAGAAGCAGUUUCAAAUUAAGCCGCAGAUAGCUUCUGUUGGUUCAUGUUGUUUGGUAGGGGUAAUAUGUAAUGGACUGCUAUACAUUGCAAAUGCGGGAGAUUCUCGAGUGGUUCUAGGAAGACUGGAAAAGGCUGUUAAAGAGGUCAAAGCUGUUCAGUUAUCAUCAGAGCACAAUGCUAGUUUGGAGUCUGUGAGGGAGGAGUUGCACUCAUUGCAUCCCAAUGAUCCUCAGAUUGUGGUCUUGAGGCACAAUGUUUGGCGCGUGAAGGGUAUUAUACAGAUCUCAAGAUCCAUUGGUGAUGCCUAUCUGAAGAAGGCAGAAUUCAAUCGAGCACCUCUGUUACAAAAGUUUAGGCUUCCAGAACCAUUCAGUAAGCCAAUCCUUCAAGCUGAACCAGCGAUACUAGUCCAGAAACUCUACCCUGAAGAUCAGUUUCUUAUUUUUGCAUCUGAUGGCCUAUGGGAGCACCUCAGCAAUCAAGAGGCAGUCAACAUGGUCAACAACUCACCACGUAACGGUAUUGCAAGGAAACUAGUAAAAGCUGCACUUAAUGAAGCUGCAAAGAAAAGAGAAAUGAGAUACUCUGAUUUGAAAAAAAUUGAUCGUGGAGUAAGGAGGCAUUUUCACGAUGAUAUAACAGUGAUAGUUUUGUUUCUGGAUUCUCAUUUGAUCAGCCGCAGCUCUGCACGUGGACCCCUGCUUUCAGUCCGUGGAGGUGGUGGAACCACUGGAAUCACAAACACCUAGCCUACGCUGCUCAGGAACUGGUUUCCAUAAAGGCAUAAGAGAUUUUAUCCAUAGAUUGUUGUUACAAUCCAGAGAAAUCUUCCCAAGUUUUCUACGGUGAUGGAAAUGUUGUGCCUGAAAAUUCUAAGAUUAUCAUCUUUUUUUCGUUUGGCAGUUGGGAGUCUCUCUGGCAGUCUGCUUCUUCCUCAUUUAGUUAAAGAUAGAUUAUUUAUGUUAGGACUAGGAAAUUUAUGAUAAAUUAUUUCUUCAUUUGCCUCUCUAAGGAAUUGAAUCUGGGUCAAAAUGGUUAAAAAACAAACCUUUUUAUCAACUAUGUAAUUCUAAGUUAAAGAAGUGAACUCUUGGGAUUGGAUUC